AUGAAGCGCACAUACACAAACACGCAAACACUAAAGCCAUCAACAGCCAACACCGGCCUCGGCUACGAGGUGGUCAAAGCCCUGGCCGCCACCUCCCACGCCUACAAGAUCAUCCUGGGCUGCCGCGACCCGAGCAAGGGCGAUGCCGCCGUGGCCAAGAUCAAGAGCGAGGUCCCCGAGACGGCCUCGUCCUUCUCCGUCGUGCAAAUCGACAUCGCCUCGGACGAGUCAAUCGAAGCAGCGGUGGCCUCGCUCACUUCGACGGAGCCGCGCAUCGACGUGCUCGUCAACAACGCCGGCGCGCACUUUGAGAUCGACGCCACCAAGAACCUGCGCCCGGACGGCAUCCCUUCGGCCGCCGCGAUGCGCCGCGCCUUCAACCAGUCCUGGAACGUCAACGUGGCCGGCACGCAGGUCCUGACUGCGCUGCUCGUGCCCUUGCUGCUAAAGUCGCCCGAUCCCAGACUGCUCUUCCUGACCAGCGGCACCGCGUCGCUGACCGAGACGGAGAAGACGGACGGCCCCAUCUACGGCCGAAUCAACGCGCACCCCAAGGAGACCGGGUGGCCGAAGCCCGCGGGGUCGCUGGGCGAGGGCAAGCCCUCAGGCCUGCCGUCCGCGUACAAGUCGGUGAAAGUCGGGCUCAACAUGGUGAUGCGCGAGUGGGCGAGGGUCCUGCGCGCCGACGGGGUCAAGGUGUGGUCCAUCUCGCCUGGGUUCUUGGCCACCGGUCUCGGUGGGGUUGGCGCAGAUGCCUUGCGCAAGCUUGGUGCCAAGGAACCGCACGAGGGGGGCGAGUUCAUCCGCGAUGUGGUCGAGGGCAAGUAUGACCAUGAGGAAGGCAAGGCUAUCCGUGCCACUGGGCCGCAGCCGUGGUAA